AUGAGCUUCAGACUUUUGGUAGCAGCAGCAGCCGCUCGCCGCAUGGGCGACUCAGCCAUCAAGCCGCAGCGGCACGCGGCAUUCACAUCGCAGCGCAGCUUCUCCUUCACGGCACCACGGCGGCACGGCGGGCAGACGCUGGUGGAGAAGAUAGCGCAGCGGUGCGCAGCGGCGAUUUCAUUGGGAAUCCGGCCGCGGCACAUCAUGACGCACGACAACACAGGGGCAGUGAUUCCAAAGCUGGCAGAUGCGCGGCAGCCGGUGUUUGCGCUGGACCACGACAUCCAGAACAAGGGCGAGAAGAACCUGGCCAAGUACAGCGGGAUUGAGAAGUUUGCCAAGCAGCACGGCAACCGGUUCUAUCCGGCGGGACGCGGCAUUGCCCACCAGGUGCUGGGCACCAUGGUGGUUGGGUCGGACUCGCACUCGAACAUGUACGGCGGCAUUGGCUGUCUGGGAUCGCCGGUCGAGCUGCGCGGCCAGCUGCCCCCGGGCGUGGUGGGAAAGGACGUCAUUGUAGCUCUCUGCGGGCUGUUCGGCAAGGACGAGGUGCUGAACCACGCAGUGGAGGACCGCCUGGCAAUCGCCAACAUGACCACCGAAUGGGGUGCGCUGGCAGGUGUGUUUGCUGUGGACGAAAUCACUCUGCAGUGGUAUGAGCAGCGGGCUGCCUGGAUCAAGAAGCAGAUCGGCGACCACCCGAACGUCAACGACAAGACCGUCGGCGAGCUGCGGGCCAGCGCCGAUGCCGACGCCUCAUACGCCAAGCACCUGUGGCUGGAUCUGAGCUCGCUGACGCCGCACGUGUCGGGCCCCGACUCGGUCAAGGUCGCGUCGCCGCUGUCGGCGCUGGAGAAGGACAAUAUCAAGAUCAACAAAGCCUACAUUGUGUCGUGCGUCAACUCACGUGCCAAGGAUCUGAAGGAGGCCGCCGAUGUUGUGCGCGCCAUCCAGCAGGCCAACCCCGGCAAACAGGUCAGGGCACCCGAGGGCGUCGCCUGGUAUGUGGCGGCAGCGUCCACUCAGGUGCUGGCCGAUGCGCAGGCCAGCGGCGACUGGCAGGUGCUGGUGGAUGCAGGCGCCAGGACGCUGCCGCCGGGCUGCGGUCCGUGCAUUGGCCUGGGCGUCGGUCUGCUGGAGGACGGCGAGGUCGGCAUCUCGGCCACCAACCGCAACUACAAGGGCCGCAUGGGCUCCAAGAAGGCCCACACGUAUCUGGCGUCACCGGCAGUGGUCGCGGCGUCAGCCAUUGCUGGUCGCAUCUGCUCGCCGCAGUCAGCCAUCUGCGGAGCGCCGGGCUCGUCGCCAUCCCCUGGCCAGGUCAGCUUUGGAAUUGAGGCGGCGGUCAAGAAGCCGGCAGCGGCAGCAGCCAAGUCGUCUGGUGCCAUCGCCGGAUUCCCGACGCGGCUGGUCGGGCGGCUGGUGUUCCUUCCGGCCGACAACCUCAACACGGACGGCAUCUACCCGGGCAAGUACACCUACCAGGACGACAUUACCCGCGAGCAGAUGAAGGCCAUCGUCAUGGAGAACUACGACCCCGAGUUUGCGCGUCUGAUCCAGGCCGACGAUGUCGUUGUCGCUGGCGCCAACUUUGGCACUGGCUCGUCGCGCGAGCAGGCAGCGACAGCGCUCUUGGCUGCGGGCGUGCGGCUGGUGGUGUGCGAGAGCGCCAGCGAGACCUUCAAGCGCAAUGCCGUCAACAACGGCCUGCUGGUGCUGGAGUGCCCACCGCUGGUGCAGUGGCUGCGCAGCAAGUACCAGGCCGACGGGUGCCCGUUGACCGUGGUAAGCGGCCUGGAGGCCCACGUCGAGCUGACUGCGGGCCAGAUGCAGCUGGUGGAUGCCCACGGUGCCCAGGUGCUGCAGGUGGACAUGCCCAAGAUCGGCAAGGCCGCGCAGGAGAUCAUUGUUGCGGGCGGACUCGAGAACUGGGUGCGCAACCGCAUGGCGGCUGGGCCGUAG